GCUUCCUUUUUAGAUCGUCACACACACACACAUAUAGGCGAUCACGCCUACUUCACUUCAAACCUUGAAACCGGACAAAACGUUGUAGAAAAUGGAACUUCUGGGGAAAGUGAUAGGUGUCUUCUGUAUUGCUGCCUUCAUACCGGUGUGUUGCAGAGCACAGUAUCGCAAUCUCAAUGAUACGUCUUUGUUAAGACGUAUUUUCAAAACCCUAAGUUUCGAACGACAUGCCAGUCAGGAAAACCAACAAGCUGAGCCCGAGUCGCAGUUAGACUAUGGAAAAAGUCGCCAAGGAUACCGUAUGUCACUUUCAGAUGACCUUGGUUUCGGUGGGCACAAUGAAGUUGCCCGCCUACCAGCCCAGUCUCAAUCACAUCCAGUUUACAGAAGAACUCGUCAAGCUAUAUUUGAAUACAGACAUGGUGAUCAGGUUGCUGACAACAUCGAAGAUAAAUGGGAUUCAAAAGAGGAUCGGAUAGAAUACACUGUACAUGAUGACGAUUACAAUGAUAACACAUUUGAUGCUGAUAAUGAUGAUGACGAUGAUGAUGACGAUGAUGGCGGAAAAAAUGAUGAUGAUAAUGAUAAUAGUGAUUCUGAUGACAAUGAUAAUGAUGAUGAUGAAGAUGACUAUGAUAAAUAUGAUGAUGAUGAUUAUUAUUAACAGCAUAUUUUUAUAAACACUUGACUCAGAAUACAAUCUAGAAAUAAUUUCAGUUCUAUGUAAGCUAGAUUUUUUCCGAUUGCUUUUGAUUGCUACUGUUCUUAAUUUCUAAAAUACACAUUGUACACCUGCAAACUAUUGUUGUAAUAAAAUCUGUAAGAACUAUAAAUUAAUUUUUUAUGCAAA